UUCGCGGCGCCGCUUCAGCGCCAAUAUUCCCGAGAGCAAGCGUUACGCGGCGGCGGCAGCGGCGGCGGCGGCGGCGGCGGGGCCCGGAGCGGGAGGCGCCGGGGACCGGAGCGAGGCAGCCCCUGUCGCCGCCAUGGAGGCGCUGGGACCCGGACCUCCAGCCAGCCUCUUCCAGCCACCUCGUCGUCCUGGUCCUGGAACUGUUGGGAAGCCAAUUCGACUGUUAGCCAAUCAUUUUCAGGUUCAGAUCCCUAAAAUAGAUGUGUAUCACUAUGAUGUGGAUAUUAAACCAGAAAAACGGCCUCGGAGAGUUAACAGGGAGGUAGUAGACACUAUGGUGCGACACUUCAAGAUGCAGAUAUUUGGGGAUCGGCAGCCCGGCUAUGAUGGCAAAAGAAACAUGUACACAGCACAUCCACUGCCAAUUGGACGGGACAGGGUUGACAUGGAGGUGACCCUUCCGGGUGAGAGCAAAGACCAAACUUUCAAAGUGUCUGUGCAGUGGGUGUCAGUUGUGAGCCUUCAGUUGCUUUUGGAAGCUUUAGCUGGGCACCUGAAUGAAGUCCCGGAUGACUCAGUACAAGCACUUGACGUUAUUACAAGGCAUCUCCCCUCUAUGAGGUACACUCCUGUGGGCCGUUCUUUCUUCUCACCUCCUGAAGGUUAUUACCACCCUCUGGGAGGCGGCAGAGAGGUCUGGUUCGGCUUUCACCAGUCUGUGAGACCUGCCAUGUGGAAUAUGAUGCUCAAUAUUGAUGUAUCUGCAACUGCUUUCUACCGGGCCCAGCCUAUCAUUGAGUUCAUGUGUGAGGUUUUAGAUAUUCAGAACAUCAAUGAACAAACGAAACCUCUAACAGACUCCCAGCGUGUGAAGUUUACCAAAGAAAUUAGAGGUCUCAAAGUUGAGGUGACUCACUGUGGACAGAUGAAACGAAAAUACCGAGUUUGUAAUGUGACAAGACGACCAGCCAGUCAUCAAACCUUUCCUUUGCAGCUAGAAAAUGGUCAAGCUAUGGAAUGUACAGUAGCUCAGUAUUUUAAGCAAAAGUAUAGUCUGCAGCUGAAGUACCCCCAUCUUCCCUGCCUUCAAGUGGGACAAGAACAAAAGCAUACAUACUUGCCACUUGAGGUCUGUAAUAUAGUGGCAGGACAGAGAUGUAUAAAGAAGCUCACAGACAAUCAGACAUCCACAAUGAUUAAAGCCACAGCAAGAUCUGCUCCUGACAGACAGGAGGAGAUCAGUAGACUGGUAAAGAGCAACAGCAUGGUGGGUGGGCCUGACCCACACCUGCAGGAGUUUGGGAUCAUUGUCCACAGUGAGAUGACGGAGCUCACAGGCAGGGUGCUUCCUGCUCCUAUGCUGCAGUACGGAGGCCGGAAUAAAACAGUAGCCACACCCAACCAGGGUGUCUGGGACAUGCGAGGAAAGCAGUUUUAUGCUGGCAUUGAGAUUAAAGUUUGGGCAGUGGCUUGUUUUGCGCCUCAGAAACAAUGUAGGGAAGAUUUACUAAAGAGUUUCACUGACCAGCUUCGUAAAAUCUCCAAGGAUGCAGGAAUGCCCAUCCAGGGUCAGCCAUGUUUCUGCAAGUACGCACAAGGUGCAGACAGUGUGGAGCCCAUGUUUAAACAUCUGAAAAUGACAUAUGUGGGCCUGCAGCUGAUAGUGGUUAUCUUGCCUGGAAAGACACCAGUAUAUGCGGAGGUGAAGCGUGUUGGAGAUACCCUUUUAGGUAUGGCUACACAGUGUGUCCAGGUCAAAAAUGUUGUGAAGACCUCACCCCAAACCCUUUCCAACCUUUGCCUGAAGAUAAACGCAAAGCUUGGAGGAAUUAACAAUGUACUUGUACCUCAUCAAAGGCCUUCAGUGUUCCAGCAGCCUGUCAUUUUCCUGGGAGCAGAUGUCACUCAUCCGCCUGCUGGGGAUGGAAAGAAGCCUUCUAUCGCAGCUGUGGUGGGCAGCAUGGACGGCCACCCCAGCCGGUAUUGUGCCACAGUUCGGGUGCAGACGUCUCGGCAGGAGAUUGCUCAGGAGCUCCUCUACAGUCAGGAGGUUGUGCAGGAUCUGACAAGCAUGACUCGGGAGCUACUGAUUCAGUUCUACAAGUCCACACGCUUCAAGCCCACUCGUAUUAUCUACUACCGUGGAGGGGUGUCCGAGGGACAGAUGAAACAGGUAGCUUGGCCGGAGCUAUUAGCAAUUCGAAAGGCAUGUAUAAGCUUGGAGGAAGACUAUCGGCCUGGAAUAACCUACAUUGUGGUGCAAAAGAGACAUCACACUCGACUCUUCUGUGCAGAUAAAACAGAAAGGGUGGGGAAAAGUGGCAAUGUCCCAGCAGGCACUACGGUGGACAGUACCAUCACACAUCCAUCUGAGUUUGACUUUUACCUCUGUAGUCAUGCAGGAAUUCAGGGAACCAGCCGUCCUUCACAUUACCAGGUCUUGUGGGAUGACAACUGCUUCACUGCAGAUGAACUCCAGCUACUGACUUACCAGCUCUGUCACACCUACGUGAGGUGCACGCGCUCGGUCUCCAUUCCUGCCCCUGCAUAUUAUGCCCGGCUGGUAGCAUUUCGGGCAAGGUAUCAUUUGGUGGAUAAAGAUCAUGACAGUGCGGAAGGCAGUCAUGUGUCAGGACAGAGCAACGGCCGGGACCCUCAGGCCUUGGCUAAGGCUGUGCAGAUCCACCACGAUACUCAGCACACUAUGUAUUUUGCCUGAGAGUCUUGGAAAAGAACUCAACCAAUUUGGCAUCCUACACAUCCUCAAAUGUUUCAGAUGCCUACUGCCUCUAGAUAGUGCCACGUUGAUUUCAAGUGGUCCCUACCAGCAGUUUGGAAUAGAUAGUUGCACUGAAUCUAUACUUUGCAGCCCUGUCUGAUGCAUCAUCAAAACUGAGCCAUUUAAAAAAAAAAAAAGAAAGAAAAAGAAAAGGAAAAAAAAAGAAAUAGAAACUCAUCGAUUAUGUUUUCUGAUGCACUGGACAAUUUUUACCUCAAUGUGCAAAGGCUGAUCAGCCUUUACUUUCUAAAGGACUUACUUUCCAAGGAGGGUUUCUAUGGGAUAUUUUGCUAGCUGUGGUAUUCACCGCAUCUAGUCUUAUAAGAGGAGUAUUUCCUUUUUCCUGUGUUCAUUGACUGGGGUGUAUGCAUAAGUGGGAGAGAAAAACCAAACGACCUGUUUCAUUUCCACGCAACUUUUUUUUUUUUUUUUUGGUUUUUCGAGACAGGGUUUCUCUGUGUAGCUUUGCACCUUUCCUGGAACUCGCUUUGGAGACCAGGCUGGCCUCGAACUCACAGAGAUCCGCCUGGCUCUGCCUCCCGAGUGCUGGGAUUAAAGGCAUGCGCCACCACCGCCCGGCUCCACGCAACUUUUUAACUGGGUGGGUCCAUAGACUUUUUAAUGGAGAUUUCUGACUUCACCACUGUAAAUGCCUUUAAGGAGCAUUAAUUUUUGAAAGUUUUACAGAAUUUUAUUACUUCCACUGCUUUAUCUUACUGAUCUCUUCGGGCCUGUGCUGUGGAGAACAGGCUGCCCGACAAUUGCACUAUAUUUGGCUGCAGAUUCGAACAGGCAGUUCUCUUACUUGGCUGGCUUUGGUGACUGACAUGAGCAGGUGUGAUGCCUGUCACAGGGACACCUAACACUGCCAUGGUAAAAAGUAAAAGCUCUCCUCCCUAUUUGAAAAAAAAAAAAAAAAAAAAAAAAACUUUUAGUAUUUUUCCAGGUUUUUGAAAGUGCCCAUUUUAUGCUGCUAUGUGGUUGGUUAGCUCUAAAUGAUUUUUAGACUUCUCUCAUAGAAAGUUAACUUUGGCAAUAAGUGUUUUUAAGAACCCCUCCCCUUUCUCCCCAACGAGGUAGUUUUCUAGAUGAAAUUUUACUAUGAUUUUUAUCAACUAUUUCUUAAUAUAUCAUAACCUAAAUAUUCUGAAACACAUGUAUUUCCAUGCCCUUUAAAAUAACUAUUUGGGUUUUUUUUUUUUAACCUAUUUUAUAGUCAUAGUCUGUGUCCUGUCACUUUUUUUUUUUUCCUUUUAAAAUAAGCUGGAAUCAGGAUGCUCCCUGAUUGGCCAGGCUUUGCCAGUGUAUAAGGCACAUUGAGGAUGCUGCACUUAAAAAAAGUACCAGCAUGUAAAACCCUCGUUUUCCCUGGGAAUCAAGGCUGUACACACAGCUGAAUACAGUACAGUUCUGUUUGCUCUUCUUUCAGCCUGAAAUGUGCUGGGGGGGCUUUGCCGUCCUCUUUUUCACCUAAAACUAUGUAGAAGAAGUUGAUUUUUUUUUUUCCCCUUUUCUGUAGAUUCUGGAUUCCCUCAUAGGAAGACAGGACUCCUUUUCUUGUCCCACAAAGGGAGUUGAUGUAAAGCAAGCAUCAGUUAGAACAUAGGGGAGAUGUAUUCUGUAGUUAGUGUAGAUAAUAACUUUUUUUGUAAAGGACCACGUUACAUAGUCUAGGUAGUUAGUUCUACCCAUGGUUUGCCAGCCCACGUUUUACUCUGUCCCGGAAGGGCAAGGAGUGAAAGGUAGGAGGCUCUCUGGAGAGCCUCACUCCUCAAGGCUGAGGAAGGGGCUGGGGAAGAGACAGGCACAAUAUACUAAAACAAUUCUGUCGUCUCUAGAAACUGUUGGUGAGAAACACUGGAUCAGAUGGUGAAGGGUGUUUGCUUGAACUCAUUGGUUGGUCCAAGGUCCAAAUCUGUUAAACUAGCCUUCUCAAAAUGCCAGCAAUAUGAAGCACUGUUCUCCUUCAGUCUUUUAUACAAGCUUGUAAAUACAUUAAUGUUUACAUUUCCAUGUGCUGUUGCUCAGCAGUGCCACCAGUAUUGGCUGAGCUGGUCUCCCAGAGAGUUUUAUAAUGUCCACCAAGUCCUGUAGCACAUGAGGAUGAGUGCAGACAUCCUUAGUCCCUGCGGACAGUGGGGAGAAGCAAGUCCUGUGGCUGAAGCACAGCUAGGAGGCGUGAAGAGACGGCGGAUGCUCGCUCCUUAAGAUUUUCCCUUUUUUUUGCAAAUACCUCACUUGGAUAAUACAAAUCAGGACAUGUUGAUGAGUGGCUGACUGCCACUUUUAUUCACACUUGUUCAGGGAGAGCACAGAAAAUACGCUUCAGCACAGCCACUGUGGACCCAAGAGGAGGAAAAAAAGAGAGUUUUUUAGGAGGAGGACUCGCCUGGAGCCUGUGAUGGGAACUUGGUGGCUGGCUGGCUGGCUGGCUGGCCAGCGGGCACCAUACCCGCACUUGAGUGCCUCGGGCUCGCCGGUUAACAAUGCACAGAAGAAACUCAUGCCAUCUUCCUGCAUGAUGGAACAGGGAGCAAGCUGGGUGCCCAGAAGCCCCGAUCCACUUGUCUGCAGUUGGGCUCUAUACUUGACCUCGAACAGAAUGUCUGAAACACCUCAGUCUGUCCUAGUAUGCUGGGACCAAUCUGCGUGGUGGUGGAAGAAAAGCCAGGAGGCCAACUUUUGUAGGAAAACAGUACCAUUAAGGGUGUGAUGCUGUUGUUGUAGACAAAUGGAAAGAAAUAUGGAAGCAUUAGGAUUGUUGGGGGAAAACUUGCCAAGGGAGGAGUAGUUAAGAGGUGAUCCCUGCAGAAUCAGACCUGCAGCAAUGCUAUCACCAGCAAAAAUCUGAAUGCAUAGCUUAAACUUAGUUAGGGUUAACAAUUCAAAUAGUUACCCCCUUGGAAACUGAAUUGUUAUGCAUGUGUCAAUCAGCGGGAGGUGUGCAUUCUCCAGAAGUAGUGUUGGACUGUUUGGUUUUUUUAGACGCAGCCUGUUUAGGCACUGACACGUAGUGUGGAAGACUGCAGCAGCGCUGAAGAACAAGAGUUCUGGGCCAGGGAGCAUGGGACACUAAGAGUGGGGGAGACCCGAACGUUGAACCAAUUACAUUCUGUUGUUGUCGAAUCCCGAGCUGUUUAUAAAGGGAACCAGCUGGCUUGAUGCAGCCAGCGUUCUGGGCAGGCGAACCACUUUCCUUCUUACUGUAAAUUCUACAUGCUGCUUCCAAAGGUGAUGAUUUAUACGCAGGCAUGUCCUAUAUGGUCUGUAUUUUAGAAUCUGGUGCCCAACCUAUAUCCUAUAGCAGAGCUUACCCACUUGGCUCAGCUGCCUACUCCUUCACAUGGAAAAGGUAAUCCACUGUUUUUUGUUUUUUGUUUUUUGUUUUUUUUAACAAGGCUCACCCUCUCUACCCUAGUGGCCCUCUGUGGAUAUACUAUAAGAUUCUCUUGCUCAUUAGCAAGGUGGCAGCUCAGCUUUCAUUUUAAGAAAGCGGAGGUUAAGGGCAUUGUAUUAAUAUUGCUUCAACUCCAAGAAUUUUUUAUUGUAAAAUUAAAGGAAAGCUCUUUAUUGGCCAACCAUUUUUCUUUUCCUUGCUAUUGACAUAUUCAUAUUCUUUAUGUCUACUGGCUGAAAAUGUGUUUGUUCAUCUGACUAAUGGUAUGGUUUUUGUUUCUCUAUGGUUAGAGUUGUAAUGUUUUAAAAUGUAUUUUAUUAAUUUGGACUGGAUGUCUGUUUCUAGCAAUACGAGGUACUUUCUAAGCUAUUAAGGAAGGGUUUGUAUCCCUGUGUGAGAUAAGGUGAUGGUUGUUUGUUUAAAAAGGAUUUUUUUUUUUUUUUUUUUGGUCUGCAGGGAUAUUUUGUGUUCACGUGUCCAAAAAUGGGUGGGUGGGUCGGGGAGAUAAAUUGGCAUUCUUGUGCUAAAAGUUGUUUUUCUUGUCAGUUGUGUAAUAAAUAUGGAAGAUAUGGUAAUGGCAUCAUACAUGGCUAUCAAGAGAGGUGAAACAACUGUGUUUGACUUCUGGGUUGCCCUAUAUUUAGGAAUUGCCAUUUGGGAGUUUUUGAAGGAUUUUCAGUACCACUUCACAUAUGGAAACUUCAAGAUUCAUGACGGUUCUGGGUACUGCUCUCAAUGGGAAGUUCUGGUUAAGUGAUGUCUUAAGGAAACUGGUGAGGUGUGGUGGCUCACUCCAGUAAUCCCAGAAGCUGGGAGGCUGAGGCAGGAAUAUUAUUUCAGUUCUCAGUCUAUCCUGGGCUUUCGAGUGGGACCCUGUGUAUUACUACUUUUCUCUUGAUUGGAUAAAACAUGACCAAAAACAGCCUAUGAGAAAGUUAUUUUUCCCUUUGCUUAUGGUUCUAGAGCGAGAGUCCACAAUGGUAUAGAAAGCAUGGCAGCAGGCAGCCUGUCAGCAAGAAGCUGAGAAAUCAUAUCUCCAACCAUAAGCAUAAACCAGAAAGUGAUACAGAAAUGAGGCAAGGCUGUGAACUCAAAGCCUGCUCCUAGUGAUGGACUUCCUCCAGCAAGGCUGCACAAUUGUAUAGCCUCCCUAAACAGUGCCACAACUGAGAGCCAAGCAUCCAAAUGCCUCAACCUGGGGGGACGUUUCUCAGUCAAACCACUACACUGUGCUUGUCUCAAAGACAAAAAACGAAAGUCCCAAGAAGACAGUGUGGCCAGAUGCUUUUUUUUUGGUUUUUUGAGACAGGGUUUCUCUGUGUAGUUUUGGUGCCUGUCCUGGAACUCACAGAGAUCCGCCUGUCUCUGCCUCCUGAGUGCUGUGAUUAAAGGUGUGCACCACCACCACCCAGCCAGAUGCUUUUAUUUAUGACUAAGUUCUCUAGAGAAGCUCCCCAAAUUCACACAAAAUGGAGUUUCUAGUCUCUGGUUUGGGGACAAGGUCUCCCUGUGUAGGCCAGGCUGGUCUUGACCUCUUACUCUUGCUUCAGACAUCAGAACUCCAAGAUUGCUGACAUGAGCUACCAUGCCCAGUGUUCAUGACUUCUAAAACUUAACAAUAAAACCCUUUUGCCAAGUUAUAACGAUAAUGCAGA